AUGGGCGCCGCCCCGUGCCUGCUUGUCGGCGUCGCUGACCUGUCUGUCGCCCAACAGUCGUCCUUCAGUCCCACCCAGAUCUUCGAUGAGGGCACCACCGAGGAGAAGGGCGAGAACGCCCGUCUCUCGGCCUUCGUCGGCGCUAUCGCCGUCGGCGACCUCGUCAAGAGCACCCUGGGCCCCAAGGGCAUGGACAAGAUCCUGCAGUCCGCCUCCACCGCCGAGAUCAUGGUCACCAACGACGGCGCCACCAUCCUCAAGGCCAUCUCCCUCGACAACGCCGCCGCCAAGGUGCUGGUCAACAUCUCCAAGGUGCAGGACGACGAGGUCGGCGACGGUACCACCUCCGUCGCCGUCCUGGCCGCCGAGCUCCUCCGCGAGGCUGAGAAGCUCGUCGACAAGAAGAUCCACCCCCAGACCAUCAUCGAGGGCUACCGGAUAGCCAGCCGCGCCGCGCUGCAGGCCCUCGAGGAGUCCGCCGUCGACCACAGCAAGAACUCCGAGGCCUUCAAGAAGGAUCUGCUGGCCAUUGCCCGCACCACCCUGAGCUCCAAGGUCCUGGCCCAGGACCGCGACCUCUUCGCCAAGCUCGCCGUCGACGCCGUCCUCCGCCUCAAGGGCUCGUCCGACCUCAGCCACAUCCAGAUCAUCAAGAAGGCCGGCGGCAAGCUGAGCGACUCGUAUCUCGACGAGGGCUUCAUCCUGGACAAGAAGAUCGGCGUCAACCAGCCGAAGCGCCUAGAGAAGGCCAAGAUCCUAGUUGCCAACACGUCCAUGGACACGGACAAGGUCAAGAUCUUCGGCGCCCGCGUCAAGGUCAGCUCGACCAGCAAGCUUGCCGACCUCGAGAAGGCCGAGAAGGACAAGAUGAGGGCAAAGGUGGAGAAGAUCAAGGCACACGGCAUCAACUGCUUCAUCAACAGGCAACUCAUCUACAACUGGCCCGAGCAGCUCUUCACCGACGCCGGCAUCAUGUCUAUCGAGCACGCCGACUUCGACGGCAUCGAGCGCUUAGCCCUGGUCACCGGCGGCGAGAUCACGUCCACCUUCGACCACCCCGAGCAGGUCAAGCUGGGACACUGCGACGUGAUCGAGGAGGUCAUCAUCGGCGAGGACACGCUCAUCAAGUUCUCGGGUGCUGCGGCCGGCCAAGCAUGCACCAUCGUGCUCCGCGGAGCGACAGACCAGCUGCUGGACGAGGCUGACCGAUCACUCCACGACGCCCUCGCCGUUCUCUCACAGACCGUCAAGGAGCCGCGGACGACCCUGGGCGGUGGCUGUGCCGAGAUGCUGAUGGCCAAGGCGGUCGAGGGUGCCGCUACCCGGGUGGAGGGCAAGAAGCAGAUAGCCGUCUCCUCCUUUGCCGUCGCCCUGCGACAGCUCCCCACCAUCCUGGCCGACAAUGCUGGUCUGGACUCGAGCGAUCUGAUUGCAAGAUUACGGAAGGCCAUUUACGAUGGCAUGUCGACCUAUGGCCUGGACUUGAUGACCCCCGGAGGCGGCAUCGCCGACAUGCGCGACCUGGGCGUCAUCGAGGCCUACAAGCUCAAGAAGAACGUGGUGUCCUCUGCGAGCGAAGCGGCUGAGUUGCUAUUGAGAGUAGACGAUAUUAUCCGUGCCGCCCCGAGAAGGCGCGAGAGGCAAUGA